CUUCAAGCCUCAGCUCACAUUCAAAGUGGGAAACUUCCCCAACUCAAUAAAUUUACGCAAAACAAAAAGGAAAGAAAAGGGUGUACGAUUCAUUUCCUGUUUUCUUCUCAUCUCUGACAGGUAAUCGGAAAAGGCGAACAGUUCGAAUAAAUAGAAAAUGGCGUUGAAUUUGGCGCAUCAGAUUGGUUCUCUAGCCGGGACACAAAUUGCAGCUGAAGUCACCACCGGAGAACAAUCAUCCUCAGCGACGGCUAAUGUGUCGGGAGUUCGGAAAGUUCCAUUGGCGAAUCUCCGAUGCAACGCCCCAGGAGAAGCUCUGUCCCCUCCAAUAUUAACUCCACCGUUGACGCCGCGAAGCGCGGAAAACAGGCCGGCUAUGAUGAGUCCGUCUCUGUCCGCCGCUUGCCAGGCUUUCGGGACGUUAUCACCGCUGGAGACGGCUGAGGAGUCAUCGGCGUCUGUGGCGUGGAAGGAGGGAGGGAAGAAAGAGGAGAAGAAAGGGGUUCCGGUUUACGUGAUGAUGCCGUUGGAUAGCGUGACGAACGGGAAUACGGUGAAUAGAAAGAAGGCGAUGAAUGCGAGUCUCCACGCGCUGAAAAGCGCGGGAGUGGAGGGGAUAAUGAUUGACGUUUGGUGGGGGCUGGUGGAGAGGGAAGCGCCGGGUGCUUAUAAUUGGGGUGGCUACGCCGAGCUUCUCGAGAUGGCUAAGAAGCAUGGCCUUAAAGUCCAGGCUGUCAUGUCAUUCCAUCAGUGUGGCGGCAACGUCGGUGACUCUUGCACUAUUCCUUUGCCCAAGUGGGUUACAGGGGAGAUCGAGAAGGACCCAGACCUCGCAUACACUGAUCAAUGGGGAAGAAGGAACUACGAAUACCUUUCACUUGGUUGCGAUACCCUUCCUGUCUUGAAAGGCCGUACGCCUGUUCAGUGUUACGCUGAUUUCAUGCGUGCCUUUAGGGACAAUUUCAAACACCUCCUUGGUGAUACCAUUGUGGAAAUCCAAGUCGGAAUGGGUCCGGCAGGUGAGCUUCGGUACCCUUCGUACCCGGAGGCGAAUGGGACAUGGAAGUUCCCUGGAAUUGGAGCCUUCCAAUGUUAUGAUAAGUAUAUGCUUAGCAGCCUAAAAGCAGCGGCUGAAGCGGCGGGUAAGCCAGAAUGGGGUAGCACUGGCCCAACUGAUGCUGGUCACUACAACAAUUGGCCAGAAGAUACGCCUUUUUUCAAGAAAGAAGGUGGUGGUUGGAAUACUCCAUAUGGUGAAUUCUUCCUUACCUGGUACUCUCAGAUGCUGUUAGAACACGCGAGAAUUCUAUCGUCCGCAACAUCGAUUUUUGACGGUGCAGGUGUGAAGAUCUCUGUGAAAGUUGCGGGAAUCCACUGGCAUUACGGAACCCGAUCCCAUGCUCCUGAACUCACAGCUGGGUACUAUAACACAAGGUUCCGAGAUGGUUACCUCCCGAUCGCACAAAUGCUAGCACGUCAUGGUGCCGUUUUCAACUUCACUUGCAUAGAGAUGCGGGAUCAUGAGCAGCCCCAAGAUGCCUUGUGUGCACCUGAGAAGCUAGUGAAGCAAGUUGCUUUAGCAACAGGAGCAGCACAUGUUCCACUUGCCGGGGAGAAUGCACUUCCCCGUUAUGAUGAAUACGCCCACGAGCAGAUCUUACGAGCUUCAUCGUUGAAUGUCGAUGGCUCAGCAGUUGAUAGAGAGAUGUGUGCAUUUACGUACUUGAGGAUGAACCCAUCGCUCUUUCAUCCGGACAAUUGGAGACGGUUUGUUGCAUUCGUGAAGAAGAUGAAUGAGGGAAAAGGGGCUCGUCGGUGUUGGGAAGAGGUGGAGCGGGAAGCCGAACAAUUCGUGCAUGUCACGCAGCCUUUCAUUCAGGAGGCCGCCGUUGCCCUUAUGCAUUAGCGUAGCUUAGUAAAGAGUUUGUAUUAAUAACAGUUCCUCAAGGAUUCUGAAAUGAUAUAGUUUUUCCUUUCACAUUUUUUUCCUAUGCAGUGGCUAGGGAAAAAAUGCAUGUUGUAUAAUUUGGUAUUCGAUUUAGUUCCAACUCUUUCCAAUUUUAAGCAAGGAUGAUAUACAUUAGAUUAUUUA